AUCAAUCUUGCAGCACUGCGCUUUAUAUCGGCUGCCUUUGGCAGGCGCCAUUUAAGGAGUAGGUUUAGUCGUCGGUGAACGUAGAACAAAACGGACAGUUGCAGUUUCAGCCUCAAAGAGCGAGUCGUUUCUUUUCCUGUUGAUCUAAUUUUGUCCAGACUCCAUUCACUCCGGUGCCAGCGCAUUCUCAUAUCUCCUGUCUAGCUCAGCAACGACUCCUGGAACCGAGUAGGCUUCAUUACCCAGCUUUCUCCUCGCUUCCUCCGUCUUCCAACUUCAACAACUUCAAAAUGCGUGAGGUCAUCUCCAUCCACCUCGGCCAGGGCGGCAUCCAGACGGGCAACGCAUGCUGGGAACUCUACUGCCUCGAGCACGGUAUCCAGCCUGAUGGCCAGAUGCCCAGUGACAAGACCAUCGGCGGAGGAGACGACGCCUUCAACACUUUCUUCUCCGAGACCGGUGCCGGCAAGCACGUUCCACGUGCUGUGCUUGUCGACUUGGAGCCCAGUGUCUGUGACGAAGUGCGCACCGGUACCUACCGCCAGCUCUACCACCCGGAGCAGAUCAUUUCCGGCAAGGAGGAUGCCGCCAACAACUACGCGCGUGGUCACUACACCAUUGGCAAGGAGAUCGUCGACCUGGUGCUGGACCGCAUCCGUAAGCUGGCCGACAACUGUACGGGCUUGCAGGGUUUCCUGGUCUUCAACGCCGUGGGCGGUGGCACUGGCUCCGGUCUCGGUGCGCUGCUACUAGAACGUCUGUCGGUCGACUACGGCCGCAAGAGUAAGCUCGGCUUCACCAUCUAUCCGUCGCCGCAGGUGUCUACAGCCGUCGUGGAGCCGUACAACUCGGUGCUGUCCACGCACUCGCUGUUAGAGCACACGGAUGUGGCCGUGAUGCUCGAUAACGAGGCUAUCUACGAUAUCUGCCGCCGUUCUUUGGACAUCGAGCGUCCGACGUACACGAACCUGAACCGCCUGAUCGCCCAAGUCAUCUCAUCGCUGACUGCGUCUCUCCGUUUCGACGGUGCGCUGAAUGUCGAUGUGACAGAGUUCCAGACGAAUCUGGUGCCGUACCCGCGUAUCCACUUCAUGCUCAGCUCGUACGCACCGGUGAUCUCGGCCGAGAAAGCCUACCACGAACAGCUGUCGGUGGCGGAGAUCACCAACAGCGCGUUCGAGCCUGCAUCCAUGAUGGCCAAGUGCGACCCUCGUCACGGCAAGUACAUGGCUGCCUGUCUGAUGUACCGCGGUGACGUUGUCCCCAAGGACGUCAAUGCUGCCGUGGCCACCAUCAAAACCAAGCGCACCAUCCAGUUCGUGGACUGGUGCCCAACGGGUUUCAAGUGCGGCAUCAACUACCAGCCUCCGACGGUUGUGCCUGGCGGUGAUCUGGCCCGUGUGCAGCGUGCCGUGUGUAUGAUCUCCAACACGAGUGCCAUUGCCGAGGUGUUCUCGCGCAUCGAUCACAAGUUCGAUCUGAUGUAUGCGAAACGUGCUUUCGUGCACUGGUACGUCGGUGAGGGCAUGGAGGAAGGUGAAUUUUCGGAGGCACGUGAAGAUCUUGCGGCUCUGGAGAAGGAUUACGAGGAGGUGAGUGCGGAGACCGCCGAGGGCGAGGGUGAGGAGGAGGAGCUGGGCGAGGAGUACUAGGCAGACUCAUUUUCUUAAAUUGAUCUUUACAGGCACUCACUUUUUCAGUGAUGCUAGUAAAUAACAUGUGUUAGAACCAUGAAAUACCAGCUUCUCCUUCUACUA